AUGCCUAAACCAAAUCAAUCAUUUAAUAAAAAUAAUAAAUUUAUUAAAAAUAAUAAUAAUAAUAAAGAUAGAAACAAUCAGUUUUAUAAAGGAAAAGAUAAUAAUGAUAAUGAAUAUGAAAAUAAAUCAGUAAAACAAAAAGAAAAUAAUCAAUUUAAAAAAGGAAAUAAGUUUGAUAAUAAUAAGAAUAGUAGUUUUAACAAUAAUAAGAAAUCAUUUUUAAACAAUAAUAAAAAUAAUCAUCAUAAUAAUAAAAAGUUUGAUAAAAAUAAGAAAUUUAUAAAAGAAGAUGAUCAAUCAGAUGAUGAUGAUGAUGAUGACGAAGUAGAAGAGAAAGCAGAGAUCGAUCCAUUAUUAAUCAGUAAAGAAACAACCAUCGAUGAGAAGGAAGCUGAAAUUAAAAUCAAUCUUGAGCCUGUUAUCUACAGGAAACAAGAUCUUUUCUAUUUCGAACGAUACUUUCUCAACGCUCCUUCAAUCAACUUGACAGAAACAAAAGAGUUAAUAAUAGAUACAGAUGAUCAAAUUAUAACAAAUAAGAGAAAUAAUAUUGAAGAAGAAGAUAGUGAUAGUGAUAGUGAUAGUGAUAAUAGUAAUAAUAAUAAGAAAAAAGAUGAAAUAAUUGAAGAACAAUUUAUUAUUGGUACAAAUAUACCUGUUGCAACAAGUGUUAAGAAUAGUUGUUUACCACAAUCUUUUAAGACAUUCUUUUUCGUAUUACAACAUUCGACACCAACUAAACUUCAACAAUAUGCAUGGCCUUGUGUUUUGACUGGACAUGAUGUGCUCGGUAUAUCACUUCCUGGCUCAGGUAAAACAGCUGGUUUCUUACUACCAAUGAUUCCACACUGUCAAGAUAGAAUAAAGAAUGAAACAAUCAUACCAAACAGUCCAUCUAUUCUUAUAUUAGUUCCAACAAGAGAAUUAGCAAGACAAAUUUAUUCUAUAUCAUCAAAAUUAAGAAAACAUUUUGGUAUACAUUCAUUACCUAUUUAUGGUGGUGUUGCCAAAGAACCACAGAUACAAUCGUUACAAGGUGGUAUUCCUCAUAUUCUGAUUGCAACACCGGGUCGUUUAGUCGAUUUAAUAGAUAUGGGUGUUCUUAACUUGAAUGGUGUAACAAUGUUGGUUGUAGAUGAAGCCGAUAAGAUGCUAUCGAUGGGUCUAAUCGAUCAAUUAGAGCAAAUCAAAUCACAGAUAAGACCAGACGUACAAACUCUUUUCUUUAGUGCAACUUUCCCAUCUAGUUUACAGACAAUAGAAGCCACCUGGUUGAAACAACCAUACAUAAGAUUAAAGAUUGGAUCUGAACAAUUACCAAAUCAAUCACAUAUCAAACAAAAUUUACAUUAUGUAACAGAGUUUAAGAAAGCAAAGAAACUAUUAAAGAUAUUACCUGGUUUAACUAGAAAUAACAAAACUAUUAUAUUUUUUAAUCAGAUAUCUCAUCUAAGAUCUAUUAGUAAAAGAUUGCUAAAGAUAAAUGUUGAACAUCAAACUAUUUAUGGAUCGUUGAAUCAAAUGGAAAGAGAAAAGAUUAUUCAAACUUUUAAGAGACAGAAAGAACAGCGAUUGUUGUUGGCAACCGAUGUUAUUGGUCGUGGUAUUCAUAUUGAUGAUCUCGAUUUGGUGUUGAACUACGAUCUACCAAGUAAUUUGGAACAAUACUGUCAUAGAAUAGGUAGAGUUGGAAGAAACGGUAGAAAAGGUGAAGCAAUCUCGUUUGUCUCUAGAAAGAAUAUGCAAUUGGCACAGGAUCUAGUGACACUCUUGGAGGAGAAUAAUCAAACCGUUCCACAAGAAUUUAAAAAGAAUUGCAACGAAUUCAUUGGUACUGACUUUACAAUCUCUCAAUCAAACAGAGAAAAGAAGAAAGAAAUGAUAAAGCAAAGAAAAGAGAAACAAGCAUUGAAAAAACAACAACAACAACAACAACAAGUACAACAAAAUAAUGAAGGUGAAGAUGAAGAUGAAGAUGAAGAUGAUCAAAUGUCAUAA